AUGGCGGCUCCCUCCCUCCUGAACUGGAGGCGGGUUUCCUCGUUCACGGGGCAGGUUCCCCGCGCCCGGCACGGCCACCGGGCGGUGGCCAUCCGGGAGCUCAUGAUCAUCUUCGGCGGAGGCAACGAGGGCAUCGCGGACGAACUGCACGUCUACAACACGGUUACAAACCAGUGGUUCCUGCCUGCUGUUAGAGGUGAUAUUCCUCCAGGCUGCGCUGCCCAUGGGUUUGUCUGUGAUGGCACCAGAAUCCUGGUCUUUGGAGGAAUGGUUGAAUAUGGAAGAUACAGCAAUGAGCUCUAUGAAUUACAGGCAAGCCGUUGGCUUUGGAAAAAAGUGAAACCUCGACCUCCUGCUACUGGUUUACCUCCUUGUCCUCGACUUGGGCAUAGCUUUUCUUUAUAUGGUAAUAAGUGUUAUUUAUUUGGUGGCCUGGCCAAUGAGAGUGAAGACUCAAACAGUAACGUCCCCAGAUAUUUAAAUGACUUCUAUGAACUGGAGUUGCAGCAUGGGUCUGGCGUCGUGGGCUGGAGCAUUCCAGUGACCAAAGGGAUCAUGCCUUCCCCACGAGAAUCCCACACAGCUGUUAUAUAUUGCAGGAAAGAUUCAGGGAAUCCCAAAAUGUACAUUUUUGGUGGAAUGUGUGGUUCCCGACUUGAUGACUUAUGGCAACUUGAUCUAGAAACCAUGUCCUGGUCACAACCAGAAACCAAAGGGACUGUACCACUCCCGAGAAGUCUUCACACAGCUAAUGUCAUAGGAAACAAGAUGUACAUUUUUGGUGGAUGGGUUCCACAAACCAUGAAUAGCAUCGAAGCUUCUCCUCGGGACUGCGAAUGGCGGUGUACCAGUUCAUUUUCUUACCUAAAUUUGGAUACAGCAGAAUGGACAAGUCUAGUCUCUGAUUCUCAGGAAGACAAAAAGAAUUCACGACCGAGACCGAGAGCUGGCCACUGUGCUGUUGCCAUCGGGACGCGCCUCUACUUCUGGAGUGGAAGGGAUGGCUACAAAAAGGCCAUGAAUAAUCAAGUUUGCUGCAAAGAUCUUUGGUACCUUGAUACUGAGAAACCACCAGCACCAUCACAAGUCCAGGUGAUCAAAGCUACUACAAACUCUUUCCAAGUGAAAUGGGAUGAAGUUCCUACUGUGGAAGGCUAUCUUCUUCAACUGAACACAGACCUGCCAUACCUCACGGCAUCACCGGAUUCUCACACAAACUUGCCAGGAAUCCAAGCAAGUUUCCCCAGACAAGCCAGUAAUAACACUGUUCCCAACAACGUAAAAGACACGGGAAAUAGUAGAGAAUCUGACCACAUAAUCAUGAAAGGAGCCGCGGUAAAAAGCCAAUCGCAUCUUAAAGAAAUGGAGUCCAACACUUCUUCUCUCCCAUCCUUUGCUUUGGCAACUAAUGUGGCAGAUGGUAGCUCUUCAGCAAAGGUGCUCAAGAAAAAUGAAGGUGCUCGAACUUCAAAGAAUGUCAGUGAAUCAUAUGGUAUGGAUUCAAGGACGGUAAAUCCUGAAGCUGCUGCAUCCAGUGCCAUUUCUGGUACACACAGCACAGUACCGCACCGGGUCAUUAAAACAGAGUCAUCCAGUACAAAUGGAGCAGUCAUUAAAGAUGAAACAUCGCUAACAGCAUUCAGUGCAAAAUCAGAAGCUGAUGAAGCCUUCAUGCAACCUUCAACUAAACUCAGCUCUGCUGAAACCCAGGACUCUGCUCUUUCGUUAUCAAAAGAUACGACUUCAAAGCCAAUGACCCUAGAAAAAAGAGGAGAAAGACAGUGGUGUGAUGUGGGGAUCUUCAAAAACAACACUGCUUUGGUCAACCAGUUCUACUUGCUGCCAAAAGGAAAGCAAAAUAUCUCAAAGGUAGGAAAUACAGAUGUCCCAGACUACAGUUUACUUAAGAAACAAGAUCUUGUUCCAGGCACAGUGUACAGAUUCAGGAUCGCUGCAAUCAAUGGCUGUGGGAUAGGCCCUUUCAGCAAAAUCAGUGAAUUUAAAACUUGUAUCCCUGGUUUUCCUGGGGCACCUUGUGCUGUCAGAAUCUCAAAGAAUGUGGACUGUAUACACCUUUCCUGGGAACCUCCAGCUUCACCCUCUGGGAAUAUUUUGGAAUAUUCUGCCUACUUGGCUAUUCGUACAGCACAGGUGCCAGAUAAUCCAAGUCAGCCCAUGUUCAUGCGGAUUUAUUGCGGCCUGAAAACUUCCUGUGUAGUAACUGCAGGGCAGCUCGCCAAUGCACAUGUUGAUUACACCUCCAGGCCUGCCAUCGUGUUCAGAAUAUCAGCCAAGAAUGAAAAGGGCUAUGGACCUGCUACCCAGGUUCGAUGGCUUCAAGAAAGGAAGGAAUCAAGUUCAAAGUAGAAGAUGCACCUUAACGGGAGAGAAGUUUUGACAAAGUAUUUUAAACAUUUGUAAGAUUUUGUAAAUGUCCUAAAUGUUUUAUUUUUGCAUUGUUUUUUAACCUUGAAAUUGUACACACUUUUUUUACAUCUUAAAUAUAAGCAUCGGACAGCCUUACUCAGGUGUGAUUCCAUCCUUUGGUAGGUAGGGAGGUGUUACGAGGCUCCAGGGCGCUUGUCUGUAGCCGUUGUUAGUGAUUUCAUAGAACCACUUCCUGUUCACCUCGGAAAUCGACAUUGAGCAAUAAUUGCAGUGCGGAUGUCCAGAACGAAGAACCACCCAAGACUGUUUGCAAUCAUUUUUUAUACCAUGUAGGGUGAGUAGGGGAUGUCUUAACUUAAUGCACAGUUUCCAUUGGACAAAUUGAAUGAAUUGAUGUAUGUAUGUUCCAACAACUAAUUUAAGAUGUAUAGAAUAUUUUAAUAUAUAACUUUUGUAAAGAAUCGGGAUUUUUAUACUACAGUAUUUGUAAUGAAUGUGUCUUACCAAGGUUUUCCUGAAGAAAUAUGCAAAAUCUUCGACACUCCAAAUGAGAGACCCUGAACUCUAAGGCAAAAUAAAUGCACUACUCUUGUGUUAGGCAACCUUGGCCUUUUGGGGGGGGAGGGGGAUGGUAGAUGAGAUGUAUGAAUUUUUAGAUCUAUAUCUUUAAACCAAUGUUUACAAUGAGCUUCUCCGGCCUGCCAGCUCUGCCCCUCCUGACUCCGAGAGCUGCCAGCAGCCACAUUUAUUUAACCUGUAUGCAUUGCUUUGGGCAUACGCUUGCUUUUUGCACUGGUAGAAUUUUAACUUACCUCAUUAUUAUGUUCGUAAUCAUUUUUGUAUGGCUUCCAUAACGUGUCUGAAAUACUUAGACUAAAUAAAUAUUUAACCAAAGUUUGAAAUAAAAUGGUAAGCAAUUUUGCACAUAUUAAAUGCCAAGGGAUCCUGUACGUGUGCUUUCGUGACUUUUUUUUCCCAAGUUGGGGGAUUGGCUAUAAAGUCAUAAGCAAGUGUUUCAGGCAUGGUUAUCUUUAAGGACUUACUUGUAUUAUUUCAAUAAUCCUCAGCUAACACCAGCUUUUUUUAGAAAAUCCUUUUAGUCUGCAUUAAUUAGUUGGUAGAUUUAUAAAACACUUCUCACUGACAGGAGUUAAUUGAUCUCUAGCUUAGACUUUCUUUGACGGGUGUAUGUAUUUAGUACCUAGCUUUCUCCAUGCUAAGCUUAGCAGUGAAUUUGCACCUCAAUUCUAAAAAAAGGGGUUCCGAGAUUGGAGAGUGAGAGGCAGAUCUUCUACAUGAAGAAUGUAAUGAGUGGAAUAAGCCUUCCAGAUUUUAAAAAAAUUAUCUAGACAUUCAUACAUUCUUUGUGAUGAUCUCAGAGGAAAUAUUCUGGUGAGGUGACAGCUGCAGUGGGGAAAUUCCUAGCUUUGCCAUUUUGCUAAUGACUGAUCUGAGGGUUCUGUUGAUAAACAGCUGGAGGGGCGUGGGGGAAAGGGGUGCAGUGAAGAGAGCCCUGAGCCUGGAGGCAGGAAGAUCUGAGUUCAAAUCCCCCCUCAGAUAUUUACUAGCGGUAUGACCCUAAGCAAGUCAUCUGCCUCAGUUUUUUUCAGCUGCAAAAUGGUAAUGAUUUCCUACCUCACAGGGUUGUUAUGAGGUUCAAAUGAGAUAGUAUUUGUAAAACAGCUUACUUAGCACUAGGCCUGGCACCUAAUAGGUACCAUAUAAACCUUUAUUUCUUCCCCCUAAGCACCCAUGUCUUCUCUCCGAUGGAAUAGUUCUUUCGAGAAUCCCCAUGUAUUCCUUUUGGGGAUAAUAUGCAGACAGAAUUCUCUAUAACCAUAUCUGCAGUAAGCUUUGUUGCCUCUUUCCCCCCUUCCCAGCUCUGUAAGCAAAUCUAAUUGUAGAAAUAUCAUAGAACAUCAUCCCUAUCUUCUUGCUUUGUAAUCUCAGCCCACCAUGUUAGGUAGUGAAUUCCUGGUGCUAUGUGCUCUCAGAGUAUGUUUUCAGAAUACUGUUCUCUUCAUAUUUAAUUAGUUUUGUUGGCAAUUGAGGAGGGGGCAACUCAGAAACUAUUUAUGUUUUUUAAAAACAUAGUUAAUUCUGACUGCAUGUAGAGAAGCUCCCAUUAUUCAUUCAUCAAACCCAACUGGAAAAAGGGGAACGUGUAAAUCUAUUUUUUUUUUGAGCUGUUGUUAAGAAUCUUCUCAUUAAAGUCAUAGGCUCUACAAUACCAAGGUUAAUUUUAAUCAUUGCAGAAUUUUACAAUUAAAAGCUAUUUAUGUCAUUAGAAAUUAUCUCAUUGUUGCUAUUGAAAAUAGCUUACGCUCCAAUCAUAAACAGUUUUAUUUUAAUAGACUUUGUCUGUGAUUUAAUUGCCUAGUGGAGUUUCCAAGACUAUUUUAGGCCAUUCCCAUGUAAUGUGUAUUCAUUGAUCUGUAAAACAAAGCACUUUUUUUAACCAUUAAAUAUUUAAAAACAAA